CGUUAGUAACCGUAAAACAAGGCCAAAUAAAGGCCGUCUUUUUCACAGCACAGGGCACUUCUUUGGAAAGCUUUUUGGAACACAAACGGUAAAGUAGCCUAGGCUGCAUUUCUCAGAAAAGAAUGGCUUCUUCAUCUGCGCCGGCCUCUCCCCCAGACAUUUCUGGCAUAUCUCAGGACAAUGAAGAACGGACACAUUAUCUGCAGUGCCCACCAGGACCUGAGAAUAAAGUAGACCCACAGGCUAUAUUGAAGAAACGUGUAAUGCGAAAACAACCCAGUGUGCAACACUUGAAGGCCCGAGGACAGAUGAUUUUUCCAGGCUGGCACACCCAGUCACCUUCGGCCCAAGCAAAAAAACGAGAGCCAGAAUCGGUACAUAGGGUCCCUGAACCACAGUGUUCUACAAUUCCCCCAAGAUCUCUGAUAAAACACCCAAAGGUUGUGGGAAAGAGAAGCGUAGAUCUAAAAAAAAACAGUCUCCAGCACAUAAAGGACCGCAAGCAGACGUUUUCUCCUGAUCGGCACACUCAGUUAACUACAGGCCUGGAAAAAAAUAAUUCAAACAACAUUGAAGACUUAAUAUCAUCGCUGUUUGAAGACCAACCUUUACUUGCAACUUCUCAGCACUUGGCAGAAGAUGAAUAUCAUCAGUUUUGUGAGCCUCUCUGCAUCGUCCCCUUGAGCUUCCAAAAAAUUUGGAAGUGCUUUUGUAUCUGGCGCACCAAAGUGUAUAAGAAGAAGGUUUACUUGACCAAGACGUAUCUCCAAAACCACCUGUUUGUGAUGGACCCGUGUCUGGGACCAGCAUUGAUGGAAAUCAGGAAAUUGUCAUGCCAACUCAUCGACAAAGAGUUGCAUCAUGUGAAGACAAACCACUCAUAUACACUGAAGGAGUUCCUCGACUCCCAGCUCAAACAACAACAAGAGAUAAUGGAAGACAUUCAGCCGUUUCGCGACACUGUGAAGGACGUGGCGGUUUGUGCAGGGCGUGAAUACAUGUUGGAUCAUCAUGUCACACCUGCGGAACAUUUUGACAGCGACAAGAUUAAUUCGUUUGUUUUAAACCGGGUGGUUUGCUUCAUCCGUUACGUUGACCAUUUCAUUUUCAGCACAGUGAACUGCUUGUUGCGACAUGUGGUGCAUGGGCUCCUAACUGUAUUCCAGAAUCAGGUAGGGCUAAUGCCUAGCCAAAUCGCACCACAAACCCAAAGUGACCACUCGGAGGCUGUUUCUAAAGAGGAUGCUGAAAAGAAGGUUGUUCCUGACUUACCUUUAUUCAAGUGCGAACUGGUGCUGGAAUCAAAUGUAUUGAUGUACAAACCCUCCGAGGAAAACAUUCAGGAAACCAUCGAAGAGAUAGUCAGACAGUGUAAGAAGACAGUAAUGUCUUUGAGGUCCCUCACAUCAGACCCGGAAAUUAAUUCACUGAAGAAGUCUGAACACUUUCAGCACUUGAAAUGCAAUCGGAUUAGUGACCCAUCUUUGAACAUGGUCUUGGAAGAAGAUGGCCGACUUCGACGUACUAUGCAUAGCAUCAGGGAUUCACUCCAUUUCGCUUUUGAGUCAGCCCAAGUGUACUCACACACAUUUGACCAUUUUCUCGCAUUCUCUAAGAGCAAUGAAACUAUGGAUCUUGAUGCAGUGUGGCAACAGGAACCUGAUUUGACCUUUUUUGCCAAAACCCUGGAGUUGUACCACAAUAAGCAUAAGCAGGCCAUAGCUAUCCAAGAGAAGAGGCAUCUUGGCUUAUUGCUCGUGGACCAAACACAGCUCAAACUGAAGCUUGUGUCUUCUACACUCUCUUCUCUGGAGGGGUUCUAUGAGAUGCUCACACAGCAGGCUAGGAAGAAGGUAGAUGUCCUCCUGGCUAAGGUUGGAGGAGCAAAGAGUAAACUGAAGUGCUCUCCUUCUACAACAGCAGAGAUGGCCGAGCAGCUCUUAUUCCUGGAUGAGAUUGAGGCCAGGAUCUUGGAAGUACAAGAAGAGCACGACAAUGUUUCCAAAGUGUACAAUCUGUUCAACGCGUACUCUGUGACUAUACCACCUGAGGACCUUUCUGAUUUCGCCUCAUUGCAACCCACUAUCAACUCACUGUGUAAUUUAAUCGAAGACGCAGUGGCAGAGAGGGACUCGAAAAAGGAGAGGUUUAUGAGCUCCCUGGUCUCUGACCAAAAUAAACUGCAAAAAGAAGUCACAAAACUGGCCCGCGUGUUGCAGAAUCAAGACUUCUUGGACGUCAAUGCAAACUCCUCCAAAGUGCGCCCCCUGUUGGAGGAGAUCCAGAUUACCGUAGAUGAGCUGCAGGCCCUGGCAUUCUCCUGUAAUUUGUACGAAAGAAAAUUUAAGCUGGAGAGCACCAGGUUGGAUUCACUGGAGGAGAGCACAGCAAGGUUCAGACUGAUCCUGCUUCUGUGGAACUCUGUGGAGGAAUGGGACUAUCUACAAAAUGAAUGGCAGCAGACCCCACUGAAGCAACUGGACCUGAAGCAGCUCAGCUUGCACAUUAGCAGCUACAACCAGCACGUCGAGCAGCUUGAGACGGGCCUCCCUCUGAACUGUUCGGUUGCUUUGAAAGAUAAGGUUGAACGAAUGACACAGAAGCUGCCUGUCAUCAGUAAUGUGUGUAACCUGUGCAUGAAGCCGGGCCUGUGGGUGUCUUUUGAGAGUUUAUUGGGCACCUCUCUGGAUGUGGAGGCAGUCACUCUCGCAACACUGGAGGAAUAUGACGUAUUCUCAUAUGCAAUGAAGAUUCUGGAGCUAUUAACUUAGCUCACUUGGAACCUAUUUUAGUCUUUCAGUUUAUUUUUUGUGUAUAUGUAUACAUUUAAAUCAACUUAGUUAUUAAGUAGGAAAGAAGGAAAUGCUACCUUGUAGGUAUGAAAAGCGAAAUGACCUGGAGCCAAAUAGCAUGGUUGUUUUUAGUGUUGGACGUUCAUUAAAACCUGAUUACGUCAAACAAUUAUUGGGGCAACAAUUAACACUCUGAGCCUCCUGCGUUCCUCAGAGGCUGUUUCUCCAACCUCAUCCUAGAUAUCAAAGCUUUCCCAAGUUUGGGAAUUCUGGUAUGAGAUCUUCCAGAUGUUUUUUGACUUACAUUGCUAACAAAAAGUUUAUGUUGGACAACACCAAGAUGCAUUAUAAAACACGUGAUACUUAGACACCUAACAAGCUGUUGUAAUGGAGAAACAUGGUUUUAAACAGGUUUCACUUACAUGUGUAUAAAUACAGUUGUUACAAAUCUCAUUCUCAGUUUUUUCAACAGCAAUAUUGUCAGAAUAUUAAAGAAAACUGAAUUAAUAGUGCUGUUAAACAACUUUGUUUUCAACCUUUUUGUAAAUUUUUAUCCUGGCAAAUAGAGAGCAACAACAAUAUAAUCGUGGGAGUAUGGAGAACACUGUUGUGUGUGAAAGGAGGAGGUUGUUAACACACAUAAUUCAAACUUUGGUGGACAAAUUUAAAAGCUAUCAGCAAAAUGAGGAAUUGCCCACACAGUUUCUCUGUCCAGAGAAUUGAAGCAAUUUCUAUCCAUUAGUGUGGAAAAGAAUUCGCAAACAACAGUUGCACCUAUUAAGUAGUGAAGAUCCAACAAGGUGAAGCAUCAAGCAAAAAAUACAAGACCAAAUUUUAAAUAAGACACUAUUUCUAAACCUAAUAUCUUCUCGUUUUCCUGCUAAACACAUUCUCCCUUCACGAUGCCAAAAGAUUUUAUGCUCCCUUAAACGCAGAAGGAGUUCUGUGUGGGGAGAACCAAGAAGCAGCUGACGAGGUAAAAUUAACUCUUUACAAGCGCCACGGUUUGUCUUCGUGCGGCUUUUAUACAUAGCAUUUUGCAGCUGCUCAUGCAGAGUUGAGUAAAAAACUGAACUCUUGAAAUGCCACGUCUGGAUGCUGACAGAUACUGUUAUCAUAAAUCUGACUAAAACUCUAAAUGAAGCCUGAGAAGAAUGCAAUUCCAACCAUAUCUUAUGGUUAUGACCUGAUCUUUCCUUCCUAAAUGCAUCAGUUUUAACAUUGUGCUUUGCAAGGCCAAUUAGUAAGGAUUUUUACAUACGGAUACGUAAAUUCCAGCUUUAUUUUGUGAAAUGAUUUAUUUUUUAGGUCACCUAAUGUUAUUUUAGCUUCCUAUGAGUCGUGUGUAAAGGAUGCAAAGAAGACCACAAUAUAGUGUCUCAUUGUGACUUUUAGGAAGUCUUAAUCUUGAGAGGCACUGUUAAGACUCAGGUAGUACCAUCCUGCUCUCACAUAAACUGUUUUUUUUUUUU